AUGCUACCAUUUGCAUCUUCCUUAUGCAUACUCGCCGCCCUUGCCACUGGCUCAUUUGCCCUCCAAAGUACCGCUGCAGUCUCCUCAGCUCCCGAUGUCAGUAAAUCUAGGAUGUAUUCAAGCGCAAUAUCCAGCGUCAUAGCAGCGGUGACACCUAUGCUGGCGUUGAUAUAUUUCUGCCCUCUGUACCUGCUCUAUAGACAUUCUAAGCGCAACCCACGUCCAUUGAACAAGAUGUCUGGCAUGCGGAUGCAACAGUACGGACCACUCGUUUAUGUCUUCCUGUUGUUCAAUAGCUUAGCUGCGAUUGCGGAUGCCACUUGGUUGUUACUCCAGUACAAGUACAACAACAACGCCCCCGACCCGAUGUUGCGGUCAGGAGUACGGUUCCUCUUAUUUGCUGGGUGCUGGACAACUGUGACUGCCGGCACAUACACGCUCUUUUUCUUAGACCCCAUAUGGUCUCGUCGCCCGAUUGCGUCAAUUGGAACGCAGGCAGUUUGGGUCCUGGUGACGUGGGUGUUCUGGGUCUCAGGGACUGGGCUUCUCGACAAGUCCUCUCCGUUAUUCACAAGCUUCUCGUGCGAAGAAGUGGUGUACUGCGGUCAACUGAAGGCACUCUUCGGCAAGUCAGUCUCCCGAUUUUCCUGA